AUGCCUGCGCCGGGUAGCCGUCAGCAGCCACCGUAUGGCCAACAGUCUGUCCCAAAUUCAGCUCGCUGCGACGACCUGGCAUUUGUCCAGGCCUGGGUCGCCGAGGUUGAACAAGGAUCACCAGUGGCCAUCGACAUGGAUGUUCCAGAGCCGUCGAGGCAGCGUCAACAUGAUUCCGUUAUCGAAUCGACUUCAGGCCUCGAUGAUAUGCCUCCUGAUGGCCGUGGCCAUGGUGCUCGGGAGCGAAAGCUGCGCCAGCGCACAUACGAAGAGUCACCGUCGGCUGCCACAUCGCCAGACAUGUAUGCCAAACGUCCGCGAAGGAAGACAAAGGCAGACAAGUAUGAACCGAACCAUGCAGCUCGGCGUGUCCGGAGGCCAUCUCAGGCGACGAGAGUCAGGUCUAGGAAGAAGAUAAACAAAACCUUGCGAGCCAGCAAAGAAGUCAUGGAAAACUUCGAAUCGGACGUCUUGGGACCUGGACCCGUCAUAACGAAGCCCAAUUUCACUGCCGGACUCUUCUCAAAUGGUCGAGGCGUGGGCCGGGGACACAUAGCAGAUCUUGACUUUCAUGAAUUGGGCAUCUUUCAACGGCCACACGACGACGCGGGCAAUAGAAACCAGGGAUCUCGGCGAAAGGCAGCCAAGACCAAAGGACGAGACCAGCAACGCCACGAGAUGACCCCAGAGCAGCCACACCAACGCAGAAACUCGGUCUCUUCGCCACCAGAGCCAAGAUCGAAACGUCUGCAGCCGAAGGCCAACAAGAGGAGCGAAUUGUUGGACCAAGACACUUCCCAAUCUGACUCCGAACCCGAGGAAAAUGGGACAUCAGAAGGGUACACCGAGUCAGAAAACACCCCAGAGGACGUCCCAGAGCAUGUCACCAGACCGCCAAAGGUUCUAUCCGACACAAAGAAGCAGUACUCAACAAGGCGAAAAUCACCAACCCGAGAUCAAGCAUCUGCGAUGCCCCCCGGGAAAGACAAGGAUAAGGGUAUCAACAGCUACACUGCGGAUGAAGCAUACAAGUGCUCCGGGAUCGAUGCUCUCAAAGCACUCAUUGCAACAGGAGUCUUUGACUACGCCAGAGUUCCGGUCGGCGCAGUUCCUGACGACGGCGACGGCAAUGCAGUUGUUCCCGAAGGCAUAGACCAGGGAUAUCAGCAAGCUGUUGGUCAGCGUCCAGGCACUAGAAGCGCGCGUCAAGAAAGGUUCUACGAUCGCUGUGCCCCCGUUGCUUGGCCGCAGCUGCCUCCAUCCAUGCCCGCAAUGGCUGAUGCCUCAGGAAACCUGCCGUAUCACACGAGCAUCGUUCAGCAUGGGAGACAGGACAAGUACGUCGAGCUGCCUGCGUAUUUACCUCACACCUUUGGUCGAUGCGAGGAUGUGCCAGUGCCCGAUAUUAAGCCCAGAAUCAGGGAUUUCGACAGCCUCUCCGAGACAAUCGAAGAGUAUAUCUCCCGAAUCGAGGCCACGGCAAUGCCUGACGUACACCUGGCUGACCCGCUGGACGUGAUUGACUUCCCCCAGGACACUCUGCCCAAUAUGGUUUCGACCCAUUUUGACCAAAUACCACAGAUGUCUUCCCGACAACUUCACGAAGCGCCACGAUUUACGUAUAUCGACGAAAAGGAAAUGAAGGCUUUCUGGAGACCGAACCCGUUCAUCUGA